CUUUACAUUAGUGAGCAAGAGGGCGGUGUAAGUGCAGAUUUCAGACCGGGUACUCGCCAAUACCGAGGAGGACGCCGGGGCAGUGAACCCCUUAUAUCUGUUUGAUAAAGAAGAACAACUCCAGGAUAUUCAAGUUUACCAACCGGGACGACGGAUUCAGCCAGUGACAGGAUACAACAUAAAGAACUUCCAAAGACGGAUUGGGGUACAUUUUGUACUACUUUGAGCUGUCAUUUUCGGUAAGGCAGUUCGGUGGGGAAGAAUACUUCCAGCCGAGGGGACCCCUCAAGCGGCCCGCUUACACUCAGCAGAGACCGAAGCCUGGGGAGCAGGGAACCGCGGAGCCGGAGUGCGGCGUGUCGGCCAGCGGGUAGCCGAGUCCUAACCUGUGCGGGGAGAAGUAAUCACUGGGCGCCGGGUCAUCCGGACAGAGACCUCAUGAAUGGAAAUCGGAACAACAGGAGACGUUGGAGCACCCGCUGAAGCCCAAGCACUUUUUGCGUUGCCACGGCGACCUUGCUAUGGCACUCUCGGCAAGCCCAUCAAGCUUCUGGCUAACUGCUUCCAGGUGGAUAUCCCCAAGAUCGACGUCUAUCUGUAUGAGGUGGACAUCAAGCCAGAUAAGUGUCCUCGCCGGGUCAACAGGGAGGUGGUGGACUCCAUGGUUCAGCAUUUCAAGGUGACCAUCUUUGGCGACUGUCUGCCAGUUUACGAUGGGAAGAGAAGCCUCUACACUGCUAGCCCACUUCCUGUCGCCACUGGUGGGGUGGAUCUGGAUGUCACCCUGCCAGGUGACGGUGGAAAGGACCGCCCGUUUAAAGUCACCAUCCGCUUCGUGUCGCUGGUCAGCUGGCACAUGCUGCACGAAGUCCUGAACGGACGCGCUGUGGCCGAGCCCGUGGACCUGGAGAAACCCAUCAGCACCAACCCUGUUCACGCUGUGGACGUGGUGCUGCGACACCUGCCCUCCAUGAAGUACACGCCUGUGGGACGCUCCUUCUUCUCCUCCCCAGAGGGCUACGACCACCCGCUAGGUGGAGGAAGAGAGGUGUGGUUCGGCUUCCAUCAGUCAGUACGGCCAGCCAUGUGGAAAAUGAUGCUCAACAUUGAUGUGUCAGCAACAGCGUUUUAUAAAGCCCAGCCAGUCAUCCAGUUCAUGUGCGAGGUCCUGGACAUUCACAAUAUUGACGAGCAGCCCCGCCCUCUCACCGACUCCCACAGGGUCAAGUUCACCAAAGAGAUCAAAGGUCUCAAAGUGGAAGUGACACACUGUGGAACCAUGCGUAGGAAGUACAGAGUCUGCAAUGUGACACGACGCCCCGCCAGCCUCCAGACGUUUCCGCUGCAGCUUGAGAGCGGUCAGACAGUUGAACGCACCGUGGCGCAGUACUUCAGAGAGAAGUACAGCCUGCAGCUCAAGUACCCCCACCUGCCCUGUCUGCAGGUGGGCCAGGAGCAGAAGCACACCUACCUGCCCCUGGAGGUGUGCAACAUUGUACCUGGUCAGCGCUGCAUUAAAAAACUGACAGACAACCAGACGUCGACCAUGAUCAAAGCCACAGCGCGCUCUGCUCCAGACCGACAGGAGGAGAUCAGCCGGCUGGUGCGGAGUGCAAACUACGAGGCAGACCCGUUCGUGCAGGAGUUUCAGUUCCGCGUGCGAGACGAGAUGGCUCAGGUGACGGGCCGCGUCCUGCCGGCCCCCAUGCUGCAAUAUGGCGGCAGGGUGAGCUCUGAACCCUUUAUGCCCCAGGAGAUCAACCCUGCACUGUCGUUGCAGAACCGCACGGUGGCUACGCCCAGCCACGGCGUGUGGGACAUGAGGGGGAAGCAGUUUCACACCGGAGUGGAGAUCAAGAUGUGGGCCAUCGCCUGCUUCGCCACCCAGAGGCAGUGCAGAGAGGAGAUCCUCAAGAGCUUCACAGACCAGCUGCGUAAAAUCUCAAAGGAUGCUGGGAUGCCAAUCCAAGGCCAGCCCUGUUUCUGUAAAUACGCCCAGGGAGCCGACAGCGUGGAGCCCAUGUUCAGACACCUGAAGAACACCUACGCCGGGCUGCAGCUCAUCAUCGUCAUCCUGCCGGGGAAAACACCCGUCUAUGCUGAGGUGAAGCGGGUGGGGGACACCCUGCUGGGCAUGGCCACGCAGUGUGUGCAGGUGAAGAACGUGGUGAAGACGUCCCCUCAGACCCUCUCUAACCUCUGCCUCAAGAUCAACGUCAAGCUGGGAGGAAUCAACAACAUCCUGGUUCCACACCAACGACCCUCUGUGUUCCAGCAGCCUGUCAUCUUCCUCGGGGCCGAUGUCACUCAUCCUCCAGCAGGAGAUGGGAAGAAGCCAUCUAUUGCAGCGGUGGUGGGCAGCAUGGACGCCCACCCAAGCAGGUACUGUGCUACGGUGCGGGUCCAGAGGCCCCGACAGGAAGUCAUCCAGGACCUGGCCUCCAUGGUGAAAGAGCUCCUGAUCCAGUUCUACAAAUCCACCCGCUACAAGCCAACCAGGAUCAUCUUCUACAGGGACGGGGUGUCAGAGGGGCAGUUCAGACAUGUGCUGUACUACGAGCUGCUGGCCAUCAGGGAGGCUUGCAUCAGUCUGGAGAAGGAGUACCAGCCGGGCAUCACUUACAUUGUGGUACAGAAACGCCAUCACACACGUCUCUUCUGUGCAGAUCGCAAUGAGCGGGUUGGACGAAGUGGAAACAUUCCUGCCGGCACCACAGUGGACACGGACAUCACUCACCCCUACGAGUUCGACUUUUACCUCUGCAGCCACGCUGGAAUCCAGGGUACGAGCCGACCGUCCCACUACCACGUUCUGUGGGAUGACAACUGCUUCACCGGAGACGAGUUCCAGCUCCUCACCUACCAGCUGUGCCACACUUACGUCCGCUGCACGCGCUCCGUCUCCAUCCCCGCCCCGGCCUACUACGCCCACCUGGUGGCCUUCCGCGCCCGCUACCACCUGGUCGACAAAGAGCACGACAGAACGUCCUUCUGUGUAGAGAGUGAAGAGUGCAGUGCGGAGGGCAGCCACGUCUCGGGGCAGAGUAACGGCCGGGACCCCCAGGCGCUGGCCAAGGCCGUUCAGAUCCACCACGACACACUGACCACCAUGUAUUUCGCCUGAAGCCUCCACUUCCCUCCACCUUUCCUCGGCCGCCAACCCCCCCCUCCGUGCUGCUGCAGCUGGAUGGCGGCGGCUGUGACUGCAGUAAGGAUGUAAUAAGCCAGAGAGGAGUUACAGCCACAUUAUGCAAUCUGAAACCAGCCAAUAGUCUCUGUCCCUCUCCCUCCUCCUCUGUUCUACAUCACCAUGGAUUCUGUCUCCUUCUUUUACUCUCCACCUUCCACUUUUGACCGCAGUUUAUUUCCCAUGUGUCCAAGAAAGGCGGAGCAGCAGGGAAUCCAAAAACUGAUGAUUUUAUGGUGCAUGGGUGGAGGCCGAAGCAGUGACUCGUUCCUCACGUUGAGCCUAACGUCGCUGGUUUAUUUUGUGACGGUUUUACAUGUUUGUUUGCUUGUCUAGAUACAAAACUAUACGUGUUAUUUCUCUGUCGAGCAAAUGUGUGAUUGCCAUUGUUAGAGUACGCUCGUAAACACAAAAGCUUCGCCCUUUUUUCUUCUUUUCUUGUCUCUCCUCAAAGCUGCCUUAGCGGUUACUCUUCUGUCUCCCUUUAAGCCAACGGUUCCUCAGUCAUUCUGACGGUAAGAAACUCUGCACUCAGACGCUGAAUGAAUUUCUUAUUUUUAAACAAAGCCACAUCGACGGGGCAUUGUGUAUCUGGAUGCCUUACCGCGACUGUUAGAAAACAAGGCCAUGGACAGUUUUAAACUCCUCUCCUUCGUAGUUCUGCUCGUGUUGAACCAAACCUUUCCCGUGUGUUUUUUAUUCCUCUCGCUAUUUAUACACAUUUUUCUGUUUAAGUUAAAUUUACAGCAAUAGAGCAGAAUGUUCAUUACUUCUGACGACCACACAUUUUUGACUUUUCCCCAUUUUUACAGACCAAUUUAGUUGUGGAGAACUCUUUUUGGUGCAAUAAGGUGUUAGCGCAGACAGUGUGUAUGUGUUGGCGUGGUAAAACGGUUUGUUUCGAGUGCGUUUUGGCAAGUGAGCUUGGACUCCGGAAUGUAUUUGAAAUCCUCAUGGAAGUAGGGACGGAUGCUGCAGACGUGAGGUCUGUUAGAGAGAUUUAUCAAAGUGCCUGAAUCGGUUAGAUGGAAGGGUUAGGAUCUUAUGUAGGUUAGUGCGCCUCAACGCAAGCCACAAGUUUGUGUGAUUCAUUUAAAUAUUUAGUUUUCUGGUGGUUACCUCCAUGUCCACUUAACACGCUGAUUUCCUUCUGCGGAAAUCAUUCAAAAAAUGCUUCAAUCGGUUACCAAGGACAACAGUUUUCUCUGAUUAUGUUGCUCUUAAAGGACACAAAGUUCUAAACAUUUAAGGAAAUGCGCAAUAUUCAUAGUUUUUUAAUGCAAUUCUCUGUUAAAUAUUCUUAGUGUAGAUUAUGGCCCUUUGAAUUGCCGCCACAUGAAAUAUAAUGAAGGUCACAAGGUAGACCUUGAAGGUUUUUUCCUCAUCACAAUAACAAAUCUAUAUUUAAAAUCUGAACUCACUCGGUGGCAGUUUGAUUAGGUACACCUGUAAUAUUAUUUUACACAAUCUAACACUAUUGUUUUCUAAACAAGUGGUUUAUGGUGCUAUAAUGUUCAGGUUUGGUUGACGGUGAUCUUAUGAAUUUGUAUCGUUUAUUACUGUGGUCAUAGUGAUGGUGGUGAUUUACAGCAUCAUUAACCAAUAAUAAACACCAUCAUAAAAACUGGACAUUAUGAACUCAGCUCUGCCAUAAGGAUGAUAUGGCAGAGCUGGAUUACAUUGAACAGGUGUGCCGAAAAGAGUUGCUACCAGGUGUAGAUUUGAGUCAUUUCUUGUAGCACUAAUUUGUUAUUUCAUGAUCUGAAAAAGAACCAAGUUUCUCAUUUUAAGAUCAAAAAGUAGAAAAUCUAAAUAAUAAUCUCACUUAUUGCGUCUCUGGCCUUCAGUGGAAAGGCAGAGACUCUCCUGUGUUAUCUGAGGGGACUCACUGCCAGUGGAAAACUAAUAUUACAUAUUCAGAUUUCACUCUCUUCAUCCUUUGCAUUUUUGUUGCGUUUGUUUUCAGAAGAAAUCCGGGCUGGGUAUCUCCAGAGCCAGUUUCAGGAGUAUUAACGGUUCUAAAUAAGGCUGCAAUUAAGGACUAUUCUUACCUUAAAUUAAGUGUUUUGUCCAUAAAACGUUAGAAAUGUCUGUUGUAAUUUCCCACAUACCAAGGAAAUAUAUAGUUUUGACCGACCAACUGUCUAAACUCCAAAGAAACUGUUUAAUAACAUAAAUACGACUAAAAAAAGUUGCAAAUUCUCACAAAGUUAGACAUUUUAGCUCGACAAAUUCCUCAAAAUCAAAAACAACGGUUGGCGAUGGUUGCGAAAUAGUAAUAAUAAUUUCAAGACCAGUUACUAAACAAUAAUAAAUCCUUUCUAUUUUGGAGAAAACGGUGUCAUUAUGCAGUGAGGAACACUUUUCCUGAUACAUUUUGACUUCAUCUCUUAAUAAUGCCUUGAAUCGCUCACUGUUGCCAGAUUUUCUUUAAUACCCAGGCUGAGGGUGUUUCUGUCAUGGCCUUGCAGUUCAGUUGAAACAGAGGAAGCCUUCAGGUUUCAUCUCUUGGACCAAACCAUUGUGCCUGGUCAGGGGGUGGAGGACUUGAGGAGGGGCCUUACAGCACCUGGCUGAUGACCUCUGUACUGCUAACUGUGCUAGCCGCGUGUCACCACAACCAAACUAAAGCUGCUAUAGAGAAACACAUUUAUUUAAUAUUUCAUCAGAUACAUAUAUAUUAAUACGGAGAGAUUAAGAGGAUUAUGGUAUUUUACUGCACUUAAAGAGACGCAUGUGUUUUUAUGGUUAAGCAUUUUUAAUUCUGAGAUAUCACGACCGUUUGUCCCGCUGUGUGUUUGUUGUCACGUUGCAGCUGUUUCUUAAUGUCAGACAUUACCAGCAUUUGAUUUUACUUGAAAGAAAAUGUAGUCGUGGGCAUGUUGAAUAUUGUUCGCUCGAGCUUCUGCCUGUUUUUAAAAAGUCUAUAUGGAGCCUUAUUAAUCUUUUCCUGCUCGGCGUUGGCAGAGCUGGAAAGCCUUUUGUCCUUCAAAAUAAAAGUAUGACUUGAGAUAUAUUUAUAUGUAGAGAUAUUAAUGUAAUGCACACACCACUUAUUUUUUUUAACCAAGUCCUAUUUGACGCAGAGGCUGUACGGAGAUAUGGCGUUUAAUAAUAGUGGUAUUUUUUUCCAAAUUUGAUAAUGCAAUAGGUUUACUCGUGUGAUGUUUGCCGCGUGGAGACUUGUCAUGUCAAGAGAUGGGAGGAACCAUUAACCCUCCUGUCAAAAGAUCCCCCCUCUCCUUUAGUAUCAUCUCCAAAACUCAUUACACUUUUAAUAAUUUUCUCAAUGCAUGUGCUGCUUCAAAUUUAGUUGAGUUCAUAUUCAAGAGAGGAGGAGGGUUGAUGGUUCAUCCUCCGAUCGACGUUAACAGGCUGUGCCUUUCCUGACGGUGCUGAAAAAAAUCAAAGAGAUCUUAACUUUCAGACAGGGCACUGAGGCCCAUUGAUAAGUAUUGAUACAUGACGAUACUGUAAGGCGUGAUUGUGUUUGUUUUGUGUUUGUGGAUACCUCGGACAUAUGCCAAGAACAGAAAAUAUGCAGAACUGAUCAGUGUGGAGCUGACAGGACCAAAAGGCCUGUGGGGGGUGGGCACUCGAGCACAACCCCGAAACAUUUGUAGAGAAUCAAAUCUUGUAGGUAACGAGUAGCUCAGUUGAGAUUUUAUGUAGCAUUAUUUAUUUAUUUCUAAGAUGCCUCCCUUUACUGCCUGUACACCCAUUACCCCCCCAUGUUCAUCUUAAGUGGACGGCAAUAAUGAAGCAAUCGUCUGCAAUCCAUUUCUGUGGCCUCCAUUAGUGUAUGCAUCAUUGUCUUUUAUCUUCUAAUAUGAAAUUACGUUUACAGAUAGCGCUAGUUCUUGGGGUUGAGUUAUUUCUCCACGAGUGCCCGUUUCCCCACAACAAUAAAUCUUGAACCCUCUGCGGUUGGCUGCAUAUCAUACUCAUAAACAAAACGAUGUUUGGGUUUCACAGUAUAUUAAUGUGCUUCUUUUUUGCCUGAUUACUAAAUGGUGUCACUUUUAGAACUAAACUGUACGUCAAGACCUUUUUUUGUCUUAACACUCAUCUGAUCCUGGUCCUAAGUUGAGCCUUUUUAUUUGGUUGUCAUAUUUAAUUUUUUGGAAUAAAUACUCUAUGUAUGAAA